AGGUUUUAUAAAACUUUUUGUGUUUUAGAUAUAGCUAAUGAAUAUAUUAUCGAACUAUUUACUGAGAUAGAUAUUAAUCAAAAUGCUUGAUAUUAUCAAAGGAUUUACUGAACAAGUAACUGAAUAUAGCACAGUAUUUGGACAAAUAUGGUAUUUGGUUGUGUUUCUUUUUCGAGGAAUGGUUGUCGUUACAAUUGGAGAUGAAGUUUACAGCGACGAACAGUCUGAAUUCAAAUGCAGUACAUUAGAAAUUGGUUGCGACAAUGUUUGCUUCAGUAAAUUUUCGAAGAUUGCUCACAUAAGAUUCUGGGCCUUUCAGCUAUUGGCUGUCACAACACCUACUAUUCUAUUUCACUUCUUUGUUACUGGAAUCAAAUCGAAAGUUGAAAAAAUGAAAAGCACGAAUGCAAUCGCGGCUGCAGCCGAGGAGCAUGUAGAGGAUGACAACUGGUCAGAAAACAGAGGUACUUUCAAGAGUGAAGGUAAUACACUCAUGAAAAAGAAAGGCAACAGAAAGCCUACGAAGGUUCGAUUCAAAAGUGUUUAUGACGCAAAUGCAGACAACAUGAAAGAGAUCGCUGUGACAGAUAGUAUUUCCUGGGCAUAUUACCUAAACGUGAUAACAAGAGGGGUGGUAGAAGGAGUCUUCAUUUAUCUAUCAUAUGAACUUUUCAAAUUCAUGGAUCACAGUCGGGAACCGGACCAUUUCGGAGUUUUGGAUUUUUUGUGGUUCAGCGUGCCAGCUUCGUUCAAGUGUGAAGGGAAAGACAUUGAAAGUGCAUGUAACCAACAUACUAGUUUUGGGAAGGGUGGAUAUGUACCAUGUUGGGUAUCCAGGCCAUGGGAAAAAACAAUAUUUCUGCGAUACAUGAACGUCCUCAGUGCACUUUGUUUUAUCCUGAGUAUUGUUGAAUUUUUCUAUCUGACUGUGAGAGGGACAAGAACUGCAAAUCGAAGAAGAGAAAGAAAAAGAAGUCGUUCUGAUUCGUGGUUCUUUCGACCAGAUUUAUCAGCACCGCUGUCACCAACACUAGCAAUACCGAUUCGACUGAGCAGUGUCGAUAAAUUUGCCAACAGGAAAGAUGUAUUCAUCGAUGUGUCCGAUGAUGAGAAAGGAACAAAGCCUAAUCACAAGAAAUUUUGAGUUUCUUUGUCAUAAUACAACUUCUCAAAACAAAGAAAGUGUCUUGAUUUUAAUUAAUUUUCGAACCAAUCCAUGAUUAUCAAGUGUAAAUAAUAUUAAAUACAAAGAGCAUGUGAUUCCAUGAUGUUUUUCGCAUCUUUUGUGUCUUCUUGUACAAUAUUUUCCGCUUGUAUCCGCGCAUAUAUAUAUUACCAUGCAGUAGCCUAGUUUUUUUUUUUUUUGAAGAAAAUGCUAUACGCUAACACUCUUUGCUAGUUGAUUUAUUGUUAAAAAUCGUUUUUUCUUGUGAAACAUGAACUGAGGCUAUUUUUUGAAAUA